AUGUCCGCACGCGAUCUCUCCGAAUCGCAAACCACGUUUCCCUCCGACAGCGAGAACUACGAUGCGAAUCACUCCAACUCCAAUGAUUCCUCCGAUGAGCCGCGGUCCGACUCCUCAAGUCCCAUGAUCUUGUAUCAACCGCCCACAUUUUGGAGUCUCAUCAGAGGAGCUGCCAUAAAUCUGUUCUUACCUUUUGUUAAUGGCUUGAUGCUGGGAUUUGGAGAGUUGUUUGCACACGAGGCGGCGUUUAGAUUGGGAUGGAGCAAUACGAAGGUCAGUAGGGUCAUGGGCAGACUACGUGCAAGGAGCCUCGGUCUCUUGACACCCAGGGCGACGUUGUCUAGCGUUCUGUGCUAAGAUUGUCAUAGGUCUUUCCUUCCCACAGGAGCGACCAUCGGAUAGGACCAGGUGUGGAGAUUCGUGAAGACCCGAUUGAGCGGAGACGGAGAGACGGAGAGGAAAUGGACGCGUACACAUCGCUGGAGUGA